AUGGUUCUCACAUCCUCCGCGCGCGAUUACUUCAACCGCAUCUUGCCGGACAUCUCUGGCAUGAAAGUUCUAAUCCUUGAUUCUCAAACGGUAAGUAUUGUGAGUGUUGUGUACUCACAGUCAGAACUUCUUCAGAAAGAAGUGUUUUUGGUAGAAUUGGUGGAUUCAAUUUCCAAGUCAAACGAACCAAUGUCGCAUCUUAAGGCCAUUUACUUCCUUCGACCUACAUCAGAGAAUAUUCAGUAUAUGCGCCAUCAGCUGGCUAGUCCUAGAUUUGGAGAGUAUCACCUAUUUUUCUCCAACAUAAUGAAGGACCAUCAUAUUCACUUACUUGCUGAUUCAGAUGAACAGGAAGUCGUCCAGCAAGUUCAGGAGUUCUAUGCAGACUUUGUUGCUAUUGAUCCUUAUCAUUUCACUUUCCACGUGCCUUCAAAUUACAUUUAUAUGCUCCUAGCUGUCAUAGACCCUUCAGCAUUGCAGCGUUUCAGUGAUCGGGUUGUUGAAGGUCUGGCUGCUCUUUUUUUGGCAUUAAAAUGA